UAUGAAAAAUUGCUCCAAACUGUCAAGGAUACGUUUAGCUCACACUUGUAUGGUGAACUUGAAGAACAGGAGAUUUAUAUCCCUCGACGGGGUUUAAACUACACUUCAUAAGUGUGAGAAUGCUUCCUGCCUUUAUGAGCCUAAGACACUUUACCACAACCACAAUGAGGAGAGCAGCGUCUGAAUUCCGAAUGCCUGUCCCAUGGGGAGAGCUGAGAGGUCAAGUUUGGGGUCCUUCUCAUGGCCGCCCUGUGCUUUGUUUGCACGGUUGGGCUGACAACAGCGGGACAUUCAAUACCCUGGUUCCUUUGCUUCCUAAUGACUGGAGAUUCGUAGCUAUUGACUUUCCAGGUCAUGGUCUCUCAUCUCAUAGGCCUGAUGGAUGCUUUUACACCUUCCCAUUUUAUGUGGCAGAUGUUCGACGAGUUGUUGAAGCUCUUCAGUGGAAGCGAUUCUCUAUAAUUGGACACAGUAUGGGGGGAAAUGUGGCAGGAAUGUUUAGCGCCUUGUACCCAGAGAUGGUCGACUCUGUUGUUCUGCUGGAUACUUACGGAUUCCUUCCAACAGAAGUGACUGACAUGUUUUCAAACAUGAGGAAGGGGAUAAAUGAUCAAAUCCAGUAUGACAAAAUGGCGAAUGAAAGGAAAGAGAGGGUGUACACGUACGAAAAAGCCAAAGAAAGGUUGAAGGUUGCAAACCCAUCUCUUUCCGAUCAGUCUGCAGAUAUUCUGUUAGAGCGAGCAAUUCGAGAGGUUGAUGGAGGAUUUGUAUUCACCAGAGACUUCAGAAUCAACCUGAAAAACAUUAUAAAUAUUAAUAUCGACCAGUGCCUCCAUGUUCUGUCGCAAGUAAAAGCCAAAGUGAUGCUGCUUCUUGCAAAGGAUGGUCUGUUCAAAACUUUUACUCUACCUGAUGGAUAUGCUGAUAAGAUCUGCAAGAGCUGGACCGAUCAAAAAGCCACCUUUGUUGAAGUAGAAGGCGACCAUCAUGUUCACCUCAACAACCCAGAGAUUGUGUCCUCCAUAAUCACUGACUUCCUUCAGCCUCACAGUCCUGACCAAACCGAGAGCCAAUCAGGCAAUCAGACUUCCCGAUUAUAACACACACACACAUGCAUACAUACUCAAAAUACUUACACUCUUAACCAGUUCUUGCUAUUUGAGAUUUGUUUUUUAAUCUAUAACAAACUUUACAUGUAUUUUCUCAUACUACAAAAAGUUUUUUGUAAUAACUAUUAUGAACAAAUGCAGUAUGUUGCACUUAUCUUUCAGCAGUCACACUUAUUUUGAUGGUCCAUUUGUUGAAUUUAAGUUACAUUGCAUUUACAUGUCAACUAAAUCUCAUUAGAUUAUAAGUAUACUGUUAGGUUGGGGUUAGGGUUUGGGGUUAGUGUAAGUUAACAUGUACUUAAAGUUUCUUAUAGUCAGUUAAAUGUCUGAUGAAGGAGCAGUAUCCACAGAUAUUAAGCAGACAGUCAACUAAUACUCAAAUAGACUAUCGAAAUAAAGUGUGACCCUUUCAUUUUCCAGUUUUAAGACCUCAUGGUGCUUUUUUGUGGUGUGAAUGGAGUCAAUCUCCCUAAAUACAUUGUUUUGAAAUUUAAAAGAUGGCUGAAUAUUUUGGCUUUUCUCUAAAGGUCAGCAUUAAUAUCUUUGAUUGAAAUAGUCUCUUUAUAUUUAAAAGAAUUAAAUGCUGCUGGCAUACAUUAAUCAUCGUCUACAUAAACUCAAAAAAAGGUCAUUUUUAUGGAUUACUAGAUACUCAGAGAAAAGCUGUGUGCAUUUUUGUGGAAUGUCUAUUAAUGUUAUUAAACAUUAACUGAAACAUCUGUUCACUUUUACUGUUAUUGUUUUGUAAUGUUACAAAAAAUGAAGAUAUAUUAGAAUAUUAGAAUAGUGGCAGCACUGUGGCUCAGUGGUUAGCCUCACAGCAAGAAAGUCGCUGGUUUGAGUCCCAUCUGGGCCAGUUGGCAUGUUUUCCCCAUGUUCAUGUGGGUUUCCUCUGGGUGCUCCAGUUGCCCCCACAGUCCAAAAACAUGGUGUGGUAUAGGUGAAUUGGAUGAACUAAAUUGGCCAUAGUGUAUGAGUGUGUGAAUGCGAGAGUUUAUGGGUGUUUCCCAAUCUUGGGUUGUGGCUGGAAGGGCAUCCGCUGCGUAAAACAUAUGCCGGAAAGUUGGUGGUUCAUUACACUGUGUAGACCCCUGAUAAACAAGGGAAUAAGCCGAAGGACAAUUAAUGAAUGAAUAUUAGUUUAAUAGUUUAAGUCAUUAUAGGUUUGUCUAUGUGUAUAACAAAGCUAAGAAGUGUGCGAUUCUGACAAAAAAUAACUUCAUUUUGAAAUGGAAGCUGGUGUGACGUCUUUAGGAAUGUUUUGACAUGUCUAAACAAACUUUUAUUUUGGAUGUGAUAAAUCUUUGCCUGUCACUA